AUGACGAGGAACAUUUACUCGAAUGAGGAGAGGCUGCAAAUCCUGAGGGAUACAGAUCAUCUCAGCGUCAAAGAUGCCGCUAGGAUGGCAGGUGUCACUACAUUCACGAUAAGGCACUGGAGGCGGAACAGGGCAAAGUUUCUGUCCGGGCCACCAGAUGAACGUCGACGCGUUGAAGUAGUGCCGUUAUCUCAGUUCGAGACAGCACUCAUUCAAGCGCUCGAAGGACGUGCAGGGAGACGAGGGAAAUACUCACGGCAAGAGCUGAACCGGUAUGAGUCGGUGCGAUCUCUCUCAAAACGGUUCAAGCUUCGUAAAGGUGUAAUUUCUCGGUCUUGGAUCGAUCGAUUCAUCAAGCGUCGACGACUGACACUGAGGGAGAAGUUACUCCGAAGUAGAGGUGCCGCUCGUAUCCCGAAGGAAGCACAAUCGACGAAACGCCACGUGGCCAGGUCAUCCGCAAAAAAGUCUGCGCGCAGGAACCAUCUACCGCCAACCAGCACCAUGGCAAGGAUGGCUUCGAGGAAAAGGAUGCCACUUGACAGAAAAGAGCUGGGUCGGGGGCCAAGUGAACCAGAGCCAACAGCAGACGCGCCUCGCUCACAAAGCCUCUCAGAUAUUCUGCUGGGUAUCGCUGACGCUGCGUACCUGCUGUCAAGCCCGCUGCCUACUCAUGAGGAACUGUUCAACCUGCAGCGGGAGUUUAUUCGGGAACAACGAAACAAAACUCUCGAUGAGCACCUGUUGUCGCCGAACGACAUUGUGCGGGAUUCUGACUGCAGCGAUACAUCGACAUCCUACGCUCCCCGUCCAUGGCCGUUCAUUUCGCUUGUCCCGGAUACCUGGACUCAGUCUUCGUCCACCUCUUUUUGCCCGUGGCGUUUCCAAACCCACGAAUGA